CACUGACACUGGUAUGGUGUAAGCACUUUUUCUACGUUUUUUAAAAUUAUUAAUAAUAGAUGGUUAGUGUCGAUGGUCCUAUAUUUUUCUAUGUAAGCUUAUACCUGCACCGCACACGGAUCCGCAAAAUAUGAUAGGUCCUGCAGUGGAAACAAAUGUCUGGACAACAACAAUGAAAACGUAAGGAAUUGUAUUACACGGAGAGCAUGAAGAUAAUACGGAAUUGUCACUCCUAACGCGCAGCAGGCCUUUAUUUGUCCACAGAAAACCGGGAUAAAUAGUAUUACAGCUUUGUGUAGACCCAGAUGCCUCCACUCCCUAUUGGCGAGCGCAUAGUGGUUAUUCAGCGCCCUAAAAACUUGGCCCUACGUGGGCCCUCCCCACAGACCACACCACAGCCUCACUCCCAUAUAACAGCCCUCAGCAACAAACCUCUCUCCCGCCCUUCUCAUCCCCACCCUCCUCAGUCCCACCCUAAUCCUCCCUCCCCGAAUUCACUGUCUUUGGAAUGCAAGAGCAGAUCAUCAUCCCAUCUGCAGAAAACCAAGGGCAACAAGGCCAUCGUGUCAGAGGGUGUCAGACACACCGCUAGCCACUGUCACAGCAACGGGACCGUGACUCUUAGCCCUAGACCCCACCAACACACACACACCAUCGACAUCAAGUUAUCCGUGAACAAAGGAACAAAAGGACAAGGGCACAGCAACACUUUAGGUCGCAGUGGGAGUGUGAAGGUGGGCAAAAAAAGGGUCUCGUUGUGCUUGGAUCCCGGAUACGGGGAGAGAAAGGCUGGGGGAACAUCAGGGAAGCCUGGAGGAACAGUGCAGCAACUCCAAAACCACCCACAGAACCAGAUCAAGGCCUCACUAGGCAGUCACCAUCAGAAUCAUCUGGCUGUGUCCCCAGGAGGGGUUCUAGAAUUUGUCCCAGCCCAGAGACAGCAGUCCAAGUCCAGAAGAGAGAAGGCGCAGGACGCAGCUUCCAAAGCCUGCUCUGCCAGCUUCCCCCCCAGAGGUGCCCGGGAGGUGCCCUGCGUGGGUAACAAAGAGAAUUCCAAACUGGGACCUGUCCAUGAAAACCCCAACGCCCACAGCGUGCCCCGCCACCACAACUCUGUUCCUGUUCCCCAUGCCUCCGUCCUAAACUCCCAUUACCCUGCUUCCCCUCCCUCCCACCAGCCCUGUGCUUCUACCUCGUUCCAGCAACCCCUCAACCAGCCCCAUCCAUCCCGUGGCAGGGACCAUCGCACUCAGAUCCUCCACGGCCUACCCCUCUCCCCCUGUUCCUCCCGUGGAGUUUUCCCCAGCCCAGACCACACCUGUACCAUCGACUUCUCCCAUCCCUUCAGCUGUGGCUGCUGGAAGCUGGUCCGCUGCAGGGGGGCCAGGGGACGUUCUGCUGGCUGUCAGGGGGGUGGGGGGAGUCCGUCUUCUUCUUUUUCCUGCGCCCACGGCCACGGGGUUGGAGGGGUGAACCACAGAGGGUGCUCAGCAAUGGGUUUAAGAACUCUGGGGGGAUGUUUGUCCACAGCCUCCACCACCAACACCUCAUCCUCCAACAGCACUGUGUCGGACUGCCGGACGGGCUUGCUCAGACCCCUGCGAUGUGCCUCCUGCUCCGGGGAGGCUGGCGCCUUUGAGAGUCCUGCUGCAUUCCGCAAAAAACUGGUGGGGGGAUGCCUGCCCUGUACCCCACUAUCCUCCUCAGCCCCGCUGCGAGCCUUACAGAGUUGUGUGAGUGGCUGCAACCCCAAAGCCAGUCAGGSCGGCAGCUCUACCUGCAGRUAUUGUAGCAGCGACCCRAUAGUMGUSACCUUCAACCCCCYRCGGGGCAGKAAGCCCCCRGGGAUGGGSAGGGGUYUAGMGMCAGGGCKCCCCAUGGGYMUAUUCCCCGCRGAUGARGAUGAUUACAGRGUGCGCACAAUCUGGCCKGAGGAYCUGGCGAAYAAGAUGACCAGYUCUAAAACRCAACAGAACCASCAGAGCUGUGCKGGGAUGGGGAUGGGAYUGGGGAAGACAWGUGRSGGUCAGAARCAYAACAGCAGCAACGGAARCAGCCCUGURARCCUGGACUGUAYGAACCUWUUGGAGUUCACCCGGAAUCAGAUAACAGACCACGCUGGCCGACGCCGGCUUCAGCAGGGCAAGAUGGCCUUCUGGAUUUCAUUGGGUCUGGGUCUGGGCCUGGGCGAGAUCCAGGCCGGGACUCGCUGA